AAAAAAACAAAAAUUUGAAGUGUGAUCAAGAAACUUAAAUUUAUUAUUUUAUGGGGGGCAAAUAUUCUAGAGAAAAAAAUGUGAUAAAGCUAACGUUUUACAAGGAGGAGUUGCAAGAAUUAGAAGAAUCAUUUAAUUUAUUUGAUGAAAAUAAAGAUAUCAAUAAAAGAGCUUGGACAUUUAAUGAAACGAAUUGACAUGCCAAUGUCAAAACAAGAGCUUCAGGCUGUGUUUGAUGAAGUAGACCUUGACAAGAAUGGUGAGAUCGAUCUUGGAGAGUUUCUAAUAAUGAUGAAAAAAUACGAAUUUAAUAUGGCUAAAGAAGAUGAAAUGAGACGCAUGUUUAAUGUAUUUGAUGUCAGAGGUCAAGGUCAAAUAACAGCAGCUGAUCUUAAGGAGGCAUUAAGCAAGGUAGGAGAACCUGCAACAGAUGCAGAAGUUGAGGAAAUGAUGGUCGAAGCUGGAGUAGAACCAGAUGGAUAUAUUAGUUUUUAUCAUUUUAAAGAAUUAUGCGAAAGGCUUGGCUUAGUCGAAUAAUAGCUAAAUUGAAAAAAAAAAUAAAUAAAUUUGAAAACUUAAGAA